AUGGAGAGACAAGAGUUUUUGGGUUCAUUAGAGCUGUUAGAUGGGCAUAAUACGACAGAAGUGUCUGCUUCUUUGGAAGUUCUCCAGGCGCCCUUAGUACACAGGAUCCCCAACCUGCACGACGAGCCCACCGAGCCUGAGGAGCAGGAAGAGCUCCAGGUAUCCGAGGAAGCCCUCGAGCAAAGCCAGCGAGACGAGGACAAAGAGAUCUCCGAGCCCCACAAACGCUAUAAGUCAUAUUCACUUUCUGACCCCCACAAACACUGUAAGCCCUAUGCUCCCCGUGCUCUCCAGGGGCUCCACGAACGCAACAAAUCCUACGAAUCCUGUGAAGUCUACGAAUCCUACGAAUCCUGUGUGCCCAGGGAGCCCCAUGAACCCCGUGAAUCCUGCGACCACUACGAGCCCUACGAUCCCUAUGAAGUCCAUGUGCCCCCCAAGCCUCAGGAGCCAAAUGCGCCCCGUGAACCACACAAGCUCCGCGCGAGGCGUAAACCCCGUAGGCCCCAAGCUCCCCGAGAGGCCCACAAGUCCCACGAAGCUGAGCUGCUUCCCAGCUCCGCCUUGAUGAUCUCUCCAUCUCUCGUGAUCAGAUUCCCGCCAUGGAUUCCCUGGUGUUCUCCGAAAGAUGCUGUUCCCCGUGAGUUUUUAAGGAAAUGUGUUUUUUCCAGGAAGAGAAUGCACGAUCUUUCUAAGCCUAAAAAACAAUGGGGAACCCCAGAUAGAAUACUAUUUUGGGGAAAUCAAGACCCUAUUCGCCCUGUUCGCCAUGGUGCUUUGAAGACUCAGAUUACCAAAAGACUUGAGAACCUUGCCUUGCCCAAGGAAGUCUCCUACAGAUAUAUACCCAACAGGUUAGUAUUGGUUCAAUAUUACUAUAGCUGCGGUAGAGAAUCUGUAAUCUGGGAUAUACCUCCUCCUGUGCUGUUAAGUAAACCUUCCAAAAGGAUCCAGAAGCUAGCACAGCCCAACAGAUUCAAGAUAAUGCAUCUAACAGAUAGGUCAUUCACUGAUUACAUAACAAAAGAGCCUGUUCACCUCUCUGGUCCUUCUCCCAGGAUAAUUCGACUCUCAAUAGCCAAAUCCAUACAUCCAAACUAUGUUCCUCCAAAAGGCAGUGAAAACAGGAUUUCAAUCUCUGCCCUGAAUGCUGUUGCAAGUCCAAGAAUUGUAGACCUUGCCCAUCCAAGGAUCAAGAUAGAGGGUUUGUGCUAUCCAAGACAAAGAAGUGAAGUGCCUAUCCGUCCUAUAUCCCAAGCUGCCCUGCUAGCUAAAGCCAGCUCUCGAAUAAUAGCUCUAGCUCAGGCCAAGUCUCUUCAUGAAGGUUAUUUACCUCCCCGUGACCCCUACUGGCCAGUCUCGUAUGCUGCUCUGCAUUCCAAAGCUUCUCCCAGAGUCCAAGAACUGGCUAAUCCAAGCACAAGGUCUCCUAUGCAUAUUGUAUACUACGAUCCACAGGUCUUUAAAGUCAAGCCAGCUGCUUUGAAAUCAAAAUGUUCUCAGAGGAUCAAGGAGUUGGCAGAACCUCUUACACGUUAA